GUGCGUUAUUUAUAAGACAACGUCAAUACAGACAUUCAUCUCAGUGUGUGUAUCGUCCUGCCGGCUUCUACGGAAGCCUGACAUGGACAUCUCAGCGGGAGUGCCAUCCCGUGUCCAAAUGGCAUCCACAAUCUCUGGAGGAGAGCCAGGUAGCUGGAAGGAGUUAGAGCAGCAGCGUCUGCAGCUGCAGAAGAGGGGGGAGGAUAAUGACAGGAGAACGCUGGAGCUGCAGCACGCUCUCAAUGCCCUAAAUAGGAGGACUCUGAACCAGCAGGAGGAGAGGAGGACCAGAGAACCCGCACAGGAGGAGAGGAGGACCAGAGGAGCUCCUACAAACCCAGUUACACAGGUAGAGAGGAAGGAGGCGGGAGAAACAACCUCCAGGGCCCAGCAGAAGGAGAGCAGUGCAGGAGUACAGAUCAGCGCGACUCCGAAGGAGGAAGGGAGAGCAAGAGAGAGCACAUCGCCGCAGGAUGAUGUAGUAACUGUGUAUAGGCUCUGCCAAAAUUGCAUAAGUGGACUGCUCCAGGAAGAAAGGGGACAAUUCCAGAAGCUCUUGCAGAAACAGCAAACAAUGUUCAAGGAGCUGCUGAGGGAGGAGAGGGAAACUCUGCUUAAACUGUUUGAUGAGGAAAGGACACAGCUUAUGAAGGAGAUGAAAACAGCAUGGGAAAAAGGACAACACCAAGGAAUGAAGAUAGUGUUUAGGAGGUCAGAAAAAAGCAGUGUGAACAACACAGACAGUGAGACGGAUUUGAGCAAGGACUGGUUUGAUGAGGAAGAAAAUAAAAUAAUGGUAGAGGCAGAGAGGAAGCUCAAGGUGCUGAAGGAGAGAAGGUACAGAAAGCAGGAGGAGGGUAAAAUAAACGAGGAAGAGGGCAAGGUGAUGAGGCGACAUAUCAUUGAAGGAGAAAAUGAGGAGGAAGUGGCAGCUGGACGGACAGAGAGAGAGAAACCAAAGGCCCUCGUCAAAGACCUGGAGGACAUAAAGCAACAGGAGGAGAUCAGAACAGAAGAGCUCCAAGAAGCAGUGAUGGAAUUUGUGAGGAGGAAGACUGAGCAACUCGACAAGGACACUGAAAGUGAAUCUGAUUCGAACGAAGAGUAUGUUGCAGAGGAAGAAAAGCAAAUCAUCUUAGAAGCAGAGAGCAAACUCAAGGCAGAGGAGGCGAGGAAAGAACAGGAAGAGAGGGAAAUAAGUGAGGAAAAAGUCAAGGAGAGGACGCUUGAUAUGGCCGAAGAACUGAAGAGCAACACAGACUCUGACGCAGAGGAGUCCUUGUUCAGUGAAGAGGACACAAAUGUACUUCUGCAUACACUUGACGGAAUGGAUAAGACAAAGAAAGAAGAUGUAGGAUUCAGGAAGAUCACUGAGGAAGAGAAUGAGGAGGUGGCCAGUGAAUGCAAGGACAAAGAGCAACCCCAGGUCCCUAUAAAAGACCUGGAGAAGAGAAAACAUCAGGAAGAGAUCAGAGAAGAAGAGCUCAAAAAAGCGGCAAUGGAGUUUGUGAGGAGGAAGACACAGGACACAGAAAGUGAAAGUGAUUCGGACGAGGACUAUUUUGAUGAGGAGGAAAAGCUAAUGAUCCUAGAGGCAGAGCGCAAACUUAAGGCAGAGGAGGAGAAGAAAGAACUGGAGGAGAGGGAAAUAAGUGAGGAAAAAGCCAAGAGGACGCUUGACAUGGCCGAAGAACUGAAGAGUGACACAGACGCUGACUCGGAGGAGUCCUUGUUUGGUGAUGAGGAGACAGAUAUGAUUUUGCAGUCACUUGGCGGGCUUGGCGAGAUGGAUAAGACAAAGAAUGAAAAUGAGUUCAGGAAGAUCACUGAGGAAGAGUAUAAGGAAGUAGCCAGUGAAUGCAAGGACAAAGAGAAGCCAAAUGCCCUUAUCCAAGACCUAGAGGACAAACACCAACAGGAAGAGAUCAGAAAAGACAAGCUCCGAAGAGCGGCGAUAGAGUUUGUGAAGAGGAAGACUGAGCCAGCUGACGAGUACACAGAAAGUGAAAGUGAUUCGGACGAGGACUAUUUUGACGAGGAGGAAAGGCAAAUCAUCUUAGAGGCAGAGAGCAAACUCAAGGCAAUAAAGGAAAUAAGUGAGGAAAAAAUCAAGGAGAGGACGCUUGACAUGGCCGAAGAACUGAAGAGCGACACAGACUCGGACUCGGAGGAGUCCUUGUUUGGUGAUGAGGAGACAGAUAUGAUUUUGCAGUCACUUGACGAGAUGGAUAAGGCGAAGAAGGAAGAUGUAUUUAGGAAGAUCACUGAGGAAGAGAAUGAAGAGAUGGUCAGUGAAUGCAAGGAUGAAGAGCAACCCCAGAUCCCUAUCAAAGACCUGGAGGAGAGAAAGCCCUGCAAGGAAACGGUUAAGUUCACUCCUGUUGACAUCAAGAGAAUAGAAAGAGAGGAGAAAGACAGAGACAACAGCAGCAACAACAACAACAACAACAACAACAACAACAACAAGGAAGAGAGCAAGACAGGUGAGAAUCCAAAAGAGCAGAUCCAGAAAGCGGCCAUGAAGUUCACUGAAGAACUGAACAGAGAGACAAGCUUGGACUCGGAGGAGUCCUUGUUCGGUGAUGACACAGAUAUUCUGCAGACAUUUGACAAGAUGGAUAAGACAAAGAAGGAAGAUAUAGGAUUCAGGAAGAUUUCUGAGGAAGAAAAUGAGGAGGUGGCCAGUGAAUGCAAGGAUAAAGAGAAGCCAAAGGUCCUCAUCCAAGACCUGGAGGACAAACAGCAACAGGAAGAGAUCAGAAAAGAGGAGCUCCGAAAAGCGGCGAUGGAGUUUGUGAAGAGGAAGACUGAGCCAGCUGACGAGUACACAGAAAGUGAAAGUGAUUCGGACGAAGACUAUUUUGACGAGGAGGAAAGGCAAAUGAUCCUAGAGGCAGAGAGCAAACUUAAGGCAGAGAAGGAAAGAAAAGAACACAAGGAGAGGAAAAUAGAUGAGGAAAAAGCCAAGGAGAGGACACUUGACACGGCCCAAGAACUGAAGAGUGACACAGACUCGGACUCGGAGGAGUCCUUGUUCGGUGAUGAGGACACAGAUAUGAUUUUGCAGUCACUUAAGAUGGAUAAGACAAAGAAGGAAGAUGUAGGAUUGAGGAAGAUCACUGAGGAAGAGAUCAGAAAAGAGGAGCUCCAAAAAGCGGCGAUGGAGUUCGUGAGGAGGAAGACUGAGCCAGCUGACGAGGACACAGACAGUGAAAGUGAUUCGGACGAGGACUAUUUUGAUGAGGAGGAAAAGUUAAUGAUCCUAGAGGCAGAGCGCAAACUUAAGGCAGAGGAGGAGAGGAAAGAACUGGAGGAGAGGGAAAUAAGUGAGGGAAAAGCCGAGAGGAUGCUUGAUAUGGCCGAAGAACUGAAGAGUGACACAGGCGCUGACUCGGAGGAGUCCUUGUUCAGUGAUGAGGACACAGAUAUGAUUUUGCAGUCGCUUGACGGGCUUGACGAGAUGGAUAAGACAAAGAAGGAAGAUGAGUUCAGGAAGAUCACUGUGGAAGAGAAUAAGCAGGUGGCCAGUGAAUGCAAGGACAAAGAAAAACCAAAGGCCCUUAUCAAAGACCUGGAGGAGCUAAAUCAAGAGGAAGAGAUCAGAAAAGAAGAGCUCCGAAAAGUGGCUAUGGAAUUUGUGAGGAGGAAGACUGAGGAAGCUGACGAGGACACAGACAGUGAAAGUGAUUCGGACGAGGACUAUUUUGAUGAGGAGGAAAAGCUAAUGGUCUUUGAGGCAGAGAGAAAACUUAAGGCGGAGAAGGAGACCAGACAACUGAGAGAACUGGAGGAGAAGAAAAUAUGCAUGGAAAAAGCCAAGGGGAAAACUGUUGAUAUGGCCAAAGAACUGAGGGAUCAGAAAGUGUUCAUGGCGAUGGAAGGUGAAAAGACAGUCGCAAACAGAGCCAUGUGUAAAGAGCAGGAGCGCCCGGAGACAGGCUUUGAUUCAGAGAGUGACACAGGCUCGGACUCGGAGGAGUUCUUGUUCAGUGAUGACGACACAGAUAUGAUCUUGAGGUCGCUUGAUGAUAUGGACAAGAGAAAGAAGAACGAUUCAGGAUUCAGGAAGAGGGGCAUGGAGCAGACAGUGUAGGACUGACAGAGAGGGAAAUAUGAUGGAUUUGUGAGACAUGGACAGAAGCAGAAUAGAGAGAACAGAAUAAAGUACAAUAUAUUUUCUAAACAUACCAUAAAUAUAGAUAUACGUACAAUAAAUUCAUGAAAAUACACACUCACAAUAUUUUCUUACAUGUAUUCAAUAAAAAAUGUACCUGGCAUGCAAAAAAACGUUUCCUCUUUUUUCUUACUUGAGCUGUCUAGUACAUUGAUAGUAGACUGAUAAGUUGCACAAAUAUAGCCUACAAGUGAUUGAAGACAUGAUAA